GACCGACUUGUCCAGAAGCAGCUGGCUUUCAUGAUAUCACGGCGAAAGUUCGAUCAUGACUUUGGGGAGGAUGAUGAGCUGAAAGAGAUUGCCUCUGGCGAGAGCCUCUCGAAGCACUUCAUCUCCUUAGCCAAGGAGCUUGAUGUUCUGGAGCCCAAGCUGCCCGAACAAAUCUACAAGUCGCACCUGGAGGAGAAGCGGUCCACUGCAGUAUUGGAUUCUGCAAAGCAGAACUUGGCCUCCUCGUUCGUGAACGCUUUCGUGAAUGCUGGCUUCUGCAAGGAUGAGCUAAUGACGAUUGCGGACUCGAAGUGGGUGUACAAGAACAAGGAUCAGGGCAUGAUGAGCACUGUGGGCUCCUUGGGCGCGCUGCUCUUGUGGGGUAUCGACGAGGGCCUCACACAGAUCGACAAGUACCAGUGGAGUUCAGAUGUGAACCUGAAGGCUGGCGCGCUGCUGGCUUUCGGCCUGGUCACUUGUGGUGUCAAGAACGAAUGUGACCCGGCAUGGGCACUUCUGGGUGAGCAGCUGGAGGCUGAGGAUGGACAGCUGCGAUUAGCGGCAGUCGUUGGCCUGGGGUACGCAUAUGCGGGAAGCUGCCGAGAGGAUCUUCUGGAGAAUCUCACUCCCAUGAUCGUUGAUACUGCCUGCAGCAUCGAGUGUUCAGCUAUGGCAGCAGUUAGCUUGGGCCUGGCUUUCGUGUCAUCCUGCAAUGACGAGGUGGCCCAAGCAAUUCUACAAACACUCAUCGAGAGACAAGCCGUAGAAAAUGCCUUGAAUGGUACCUGGCCACACUUUUUUGCAGUUGGCCUAGGUCUCCUGUACUUGGGGCAGCAGGAUGCUGCAGAAGCAACUUUGUCAGCCCUGGAUGCGAUCACACAUCCAGUGGGGAAGUAUGCGAAGCUGACCGUGGAAGGCUUCGCUUUUGCUUAUUCUGGUGACGUAUUGCAUGUGCAGAAAAUGCUGCAAGCAUGCACCGAUCACCUUGAAGAAGCGGAAGCCUUUCACCAGGCAACGGCGGUGCUUGGAAUAGCUCUGAUUGCUUUCGGCGAAGAGAUCGGUGCCGAAAUGGCAUGCAGAUCGAUUGAUCACAUACUUCAAUAUGGGGAGCUGACGCUCAGGCGAGCCGUCCCAAUCGCCUUGGCGAUCCUGCACCUGUCCAAUCCGAAGGUGCUCGUGAUUGACACGCUUGCGAAGCUGUCGCACGAUGCAGACCAGGAUGUGGCGACCGGUGCAAUGAUGAGUAUGGGUCUGAUAGGUGCCGGGACGAACAAUGCACGUCUAGCAGGCCUGCUCAGGCAGCUGGCGGCAUACUAUGCGAAAGACCCCAAUGCACUCUUCAUGGUCAGAAUUGCUCAGGGCCUUCUGUACAUGGGCAAGGGUCUCCUCACCAUCAAUCCUCUCUUUAGCGAUCGUUACUUGGUGGAUCCAAUUGCCUUUGGCUCCCUUGCAGUGCUGGCGCAUUCGGUGCUGCACCUCAAGAACACAAUUCUGGGCAAAAGCCACUACUUGCUGUACAACGUGGUCCCAGCGAUGCGACCAAGAUGGUUGAUUACGGUGGACGAGGACAUGAACGAGCUGAAAGUGGCUGUCCGUGUAGGUCAGGCAGUGGACGUGACUGGCAUGGCUGGCCGUCCAAAGCAGAUUACGGGCUUCCAGACAAGAACUACUCCAGUGCUUCUGAACUUUCAGGACAGAGCGGAGCUGGCGACAGAAGAGUACCUGCCGGUGACGCCUGGAACCAUCUUAGAGGAUUUCGUUAUCCUGAAGAAGAAUCCGAAUUACAAGCCUGCUACCGGUGCUGCGUAG